AUGACAACAAUUGCAUUUUUAUGCGCACUCAAAGAAGAAGAAGAAGCAAUCUCUAAGAAAUUCCAAGAAACAUGUGAAGCUAAGGUCGAAAAAAUCAGUUCUUAUACAUUUAAAGUGUUUACUAAAGGUAAUGUAAAAAUUAUUAUCACAAUUUGCGGCUGUGGCAAAGUUAACGCCUCAAUCACUGCAACACUUACUAUUGUUACAUACAAACCAGACUAUGUAAUCAACUGUGGCGUUGCUGGUGGCUUCGAUAAACAACAAAAGAUCCUCGACUGGGUCAUUUCUACGAAUUUUGUAUAUCACGAUGUUGAUAUAGAAUGCUUGGGAUUCAAACCAGGCCAAUUACUCGGAGAACCAACCGAAUUUGAUGCAUCUGCAAAAUUAGUUAAUUUAAUAAAAGAAUUGGAGAAAGAAAACAAAUUCCCAAUGAACAUAUUUUAUGGAACAAUUGCAUCUGGCGAUCAAUUUGUUUCAACCGAUGAUCAAGUCCAGAGAAUUCAAAAGAAGUUCCCAUCAGUCAUCUGUGUCGAAAUGGAAGGAUGCGCUAUAGCCCAUGCUUGUAGCAAAUUUAAUGUUCCUGUCCUUGCAAUUCGUGCUUUAUCUGACAUUGCCGUUUCUGAGCAUGAUAACUCAGUUGAUUUCACAAGAACAUGUGUUGUUGCCUCUGAAAGAGCUGCAAAUCUUGCUUAUUUGAUUGUAGAAAAUUUCAAUGCAAAAUAA